AUGAAAUUAUCAGAUGACUUAGAUCCCGCAUCCAUAACAGACGCCCAAUCUCAAGCCCAGCCAGUCACAGCUGAAACUCACGAAGAAAGAUCUGAAAAAUCAUACAAAGCAGCUGCACAUAAUCCUGGCAAUACCCCCGAGGGGCGACUUCACGCGGCUGAAAAAUUAGCCGAACUUCACGAAGAAAGAACUGGUGAAAGAAUUGAUCCACAGUAUGAAGCGAGUAUUGGUGAUGCAAAAGCGGAAGAACGAGAUCGAUCUUAA